AGGAAGGCCCAUGAGGGAACACCGUCUUCCUUGUUGUGGACUUUGGGUCUGGGUUGGUUCUUGUUUAUAACGGGAUUCUUUCUUGGUGGCAUUCCCUGGUAUGUUGGAACUCUUGUGCUACUAUGUGUACAGAUGGAUUACCGAGAAAAGCCUGGAUUAGUUGCAUGCACAGUUGCUUCAAUCAUUGCUGUGAUAGCUGUGACGCUGGGUGUUACAAAUAAAGCUCAUGAUUGGUGAAAGCUGCACGCCAAAGAACUUAUUGUACGUGUUGUCCUCUUCAAUCUGUUUGACGGCUUUCACACUGUUUCUGAACUUCACCUAUGGUUAUAUUUUAAUUUGCUAUUUUUGUUGUAAAUGGC